AACCCACAUGUAAAUAAGAAAUGUAAGAAGAAAACAUAAAAAUCCCCAAAUUACAAAUCCCGGUUGUGUGUUUGCCGGAGUGGCAUCUCCACCUUCAAUUCCAUUUCAAUCUCCAGCCCUAAAUGUUCGGACCCUCCGGCAAGUCCGGCCGGGGUGGCCGCGGCGGCGGGAGCUCCGGCGCCAAGCGUAAGCUCCAGUCCAACUUCCAUUCCGCCUCUCUUAAUCGUCCUUCCGGUCGCCGUCCCUCCGCCGGCGCCGCUGCCGGCGGCUCUUCCGCGUCUCGUAACAGCCGGAAGACCACCACGACGCCGCCGAGUCCUUCGGCAGCAGCUCCUUCGGCUGCGGUGGAGGAAAGUUUCAGUCUUGUGACUGGAAAUCCGCUGGAUUUCGCUAUGAUCAUUCGGCUGACGCCGGACCUUGUGGACGAGAUCAAGCGUGUUGAGGUGCAGGGGGGGUCGGCGAGGAUCAAGUUUGAUGCCAAUGCCAAGAAUACUUCCGGGAAUGUUAUCGACGUGGGAGGUAAGGACUUCAGAUUUACAUGGUCGAGGGAGAUGGGAGACCUUUGUGACAUAUAUGAAGAACGACAAAGUGGGGAAGAUGGAAAUGGUUUGCUUGUGGAAUCUGGGUGUGCUUGGCGAAAGCUCAAUGUGCAGCGAGUCUUGGACGAAUCAACAAAAAACCAUGUUAAGAUGCGGUCGGAGGAAGCUGAGCGGAAGUCUAAAUCUCGGCAAGCUAUUAUUCUGGAUCAUGGAAACCCAUCAAUGAAAAACCAAAUGAAGGCGCUUGCUGCUGCCGAAGCUAAUACCUGGAAAAUGCCUUUUAAACAAAAAAUAGAGCCUCCUUACAAAAAAAGAAAAUCUGAACCUCCUCCAGGUCCACCUAAAUCAGCUCACAAACAUGGCUUCUCCUUGUCAUCUUCGAAAGGGAGGAUGUCGCGUUCACCCCUACCAUCUACACCUGAGCAACCUCCUGCAUCAGCAUCCCCACUUGGACCUAGCAGUAUCACUAGGGGAUAUGCAAGUGUAGAAGAUACUAUGCCAACCCAAGCAACUAGUAAAGAAAAAGCUUCCAGCUCUGAGAAAGGAACGCCCAGCAGAGUUGCUAGCACUGCAUUACUAGAUAAAUCAGCUCGCAAGGGGAGUUUGGUAGUCAAACCUACUGACUUGAGAAGCAUGCUGAUUUCUUUCUUGACAGAGAAUCCAAGGGGGAUGAGCCUUAAGGCAUUGGAGAAAUCUGUGGGCGAAUACUUCCCCAACUCUGCAAGACAAAUUGAGCCCAUUAUCAGAAAAAUUGCAACUUACCAAACUCCCGGAAGAUAUAUCUUGAAAUCAGAAGCAGAGCUUGAAAGCCUUAAAAACCCUGUUCCCGGAAGUUCACCUGAAAAUAAUCAACAAGCACCUGUCCCUGGUAACAAUCGCGGUGAUACAUCUGAUCCCAAAAACAGUGCUUCCCCGAAAUCCCGUGCACAAAUCGAUGAGCCUGUAAAUCUUAAUUGUGAGCCUGGGGAAGUAACAGUUUCUGAAAAAAAUGAUCUUCCUUCACCUGAUCAUUAUGUGGAGGAAAAAGUUCCUGACAAUAGCGAAGGGCAUGUAGCUACGUCUACUGACAGCGGAAGUGAUAGUGACAGUGAAAGUGAUAGUAGUGAUAGCGAAAGUGACAGUGGAAGCAAUAGCAGAGGCAGAAGUAAGAGUAAAAGCCCUGUUGGAAGUGCGAGCGGGAGUAGCAGUGACAGUGAGAGUGACGCCUCUUCCAAUAGUAAGGAAGGUUCUGAUGAGGAAGUGGAUAUCAUGACCAGUGAUGAUGAUAAAGAACCAAAGGAUAACUUGCAAGCUCACAGACCCGAAUCACAUGUAUCGCCACUUCCAUGGAGACCGGAUGGUUUGAUGGUGCAAAAUAUUCCUGAUGAAAUGGAAGAUUUUCAUGCUUCCGAAGUAGUUGAGAUUAUGGAAAACUCACCUGUCUAUGCUCAAAAAUCUGAAAUUGAUGCCUCUAAUGGAGUAGUUUCCAAUAAAGAAGGUGAAAAGCAUGCACCAGUGAUCAAAGCUUCUCCUGGCAAUUCCUAUGUGCAUCCUGAAAGUCGAGUGUAUACAGAAAACUUGCACAGAGGAAGGGACAAGACGGCGAGGGAUGAUUUGAGACAUGAAGAAUCUGAUAGAUAUCAAAGAAAAUCUGAAGGAAAAUCGAAAAGACGUUCUGACGACAAGCAUAUUGAUGGUUAUGCUGUGCACUCUGAUAAAGUAAAAGCAGGAAGUGCGACUCAAGCACCAAUGUCCGAGGACACUAGCUUUAUUUUCUCUGGAAGUCCAGGAAAGUGCUCUCCUGACUCUUACAAAUCCCUGCAUCCUCAAAUUACACCCAAAGCUGUGAAGGAAAGAACUGAUUCUGGUGUACAUAGAAGUUACAACCAAUCACAUCCUGGUAAAUCAAUUUCUGAUUCCCAGCUGUCUGGUCCAAGGCCUGAUGAUAUUAGUGGACGAACGAAAGCUCCUUCCGGUAUAUAUGCUGAGAACCUGGGCAGCAAUGCUAAGUCUACUGAAAGGAGCCUUCAGACUCCCGAAGCCAUACCUCUGCACAAAGAAAAAAUUAAGCGUGAUAUACAAAGCGAAGAUGGUUAUAACAAUGAAAAAAGACCACCAAAAAAUCCUAGAGAAGGUGCUGUUGACAAAAACCUGACACCUACCGAUUCCCAUAGCAGGAAACGAGGUGAGUUACCUGGAAAGAUCAGGGAGGUUGGAUCAUUUCCAAACUCACAUGCGGGGUAUCCAUCAAAGGGAGGCAACAGAUCUGACAUGGACAGAUCCCCUAUUGUAAAUGAACGAGGUCCAUAUCUUAGAAGGGAGCCCUCAGAGUUAGAGCUAGGGGAACUUCGUGAUCCCUUGCCUGAAGAGACACCUGGAAGUACGAAGCAAUUUGAUAGAAAAGGUUCCUUCAAACAGUCAGAGAAUAAGGUUACCUCUUUUGAUUACUGGAAUUCUGAUCUAGGUAAAGGAAGACCUGCUGGGAGGACAGGUGUAGACCCCAUGAAGCCUUCGCCACCCAAUUCAGAUUUUGAAGUUGUUGGUAAUCUUAAAGGCUCGUCUAAGAAAAGGAGCCCCGGACAUUACGAAGAUUUAGCAAAAGCUCAGCACAAGGUUGUGCAGUCUCACCCUUCGCAUCUAGCAAGAGUUAAUCACGCCGAAUUUAGGUCUCAGCCGACUGACCCAGCAGACGUUAAUACUAAAAGCAAAUGGAAUGAACUUGUAGCAUGUCAGGGAAUUGGUCCAGAAGGGUCUGGAGAUACUCAAAGAAAAGUUUUAGUACUUACUGAACAACAUGAUGCUGUACGCGGAAGACCACAUUCUGCCAAAGGAAGUAAAAGGAGAAAAACUGAUAUAUCUGCUGACCUUGGUGACAAAUGCAAGGAUCCUCGGUUGAUUGACGAUCAUGCUGGGGGUAAGAAGACCAGAGAAUUCUUUUCCAACGACAAUAGUUUUGAAUAUUCCAAGUACGAAAAGGAUGAACCGGAGCUUAAGGGUCCAAUUAAGGAUCAUUUACAGUAUAAGGAAUACGUGCAAGAGUAUCAAGAGAAAUAUGAUAGCUACCUCUCUGUAAACAAAAUAUUGGAGUCGCUAAGGAAUGAGUUCCUACAAUAUGAGAGGGACCUUGAAGCUGCUAAGGGAAGGGAUCUGGCUAAAUGUAAAAGUAUAGAGGAGCAAAUAAAGAAAUCUUAUAGCCAGUGUGGAGCGAGACACAAGCGACUGAAGAAUGUAUUUAUUGUGCUUCAUAAAGAAUUAGAGAGGUUGAAGGAGAUGAUUAAAGAUUAUGCUAAUUCAUACACCCGAGAUUGAUGCCAUCUUGUAGCGUCACAGAUUCGCAUUGCAUAAAAUUAUAUUCUCCUUCUCCAGUCGGUGUGGGCUUUGUGGGGGGGGGGGGGGGGGGGGGGGGGUUGUAAGAGUGGAGUGUGACUUUUAUGCAGAACAUGUAUCUGUGUAGUGAUUAUGGGAAUUGCAUAGCGUAUGUUUUGGAGAAGAAACGUGGUUUAAAGAGAUGAUGGAUCAGAAUGUUUACAAAAGAGUUUCGUUCCAUGCUUUACAAGCGUGGACUUGGUUCCAGACAAUUAAAGUUCAUCUUUGCAAAUUCAAAAAAUGCAAUUUUUUGUAAUUAGGUUGGAGAGUUGGUGGUGUAUAUGUACAUAAGCUGUACAAUACACUCUUACAUUUCAGUUCCUUAUUGAUAGUCUUGUGUUAGCAUAUUUGUGCUC